UGUUGAGCGCGCCUAAAUUAAUUUUGUCGGCUUGGUUUUUGAAUGUUAGCAUUUAAAGUAAUGAAUAUUUUAUAUUGAAGAAAAAUAUGAGUGCAAGCGAUGGUGUAUUUAACAAUUUACGACAAAAACUUGAUGUGCUGGGAUACACACAGACUUUGCCCUUGGCUGGUAUACCUUUGGUUGCAGCGCUUUUUGAGGAUUUGGUUAAAUCGACGGAGAGUCUAAGAGAUGCAAAGAAAAAAAUUGUCGACCUGUUGGAGGAAAAGUCUUGUUGGGAAUUAGGCGUAGAACCAUAUAAGUGUGACAAUUCACGACUCUUGGUUGAAUGUAAUCAGCUGCAUCAACAAAAUUUAAAGGAUCGAGAAGAUUAUGAGCAACGAAAUUUUGAAUUACUUCAGAAAAUCCGUAAUCUAGUUACGGACAAAUUUCACCUAGAGGAGCAAUGCCAGCAGCUACAGCAACAACUGUCUUCACUCUUAGCCAAACAUCAGAAUAUAAUAACUGGGCCAAAUAUGAAAAAUGUUAAAGACAAAGCCAAAAAACCGUUUGUAAGUACGGUGCGUUCUGGUGAACGCAUUCCACCACUUUUGGAAUCUCGCGGCAAUAUACGUUGCACCAAAUGUACCAGCCAAACUACUCGUCCAUAUACGGCAGAUAGUGCAAGCGUUGGAGUUGACAAAAUGCCUAGUGUAGCGUUAAAAAAUGAAAUAGACAGAUUGGAAGAUAGGGUAAAGAAUUUGACAGACCAACUAGAGUUCCAUAAGCGCAAGAUUGAAUCUCGCGAUCGAGAAAUUCGUCGUUUGAACGAGUUGCUCACAGGUGGUCGUCCGCCUGCUGCUCUAGCAAAAGAUUGCUGUUUUAAAGAUGUACGCGGUAUGUCUGAAGACAUUGAAAAUUUACAACGAGAGAAGACUGAGAGUUUAAAUAAGAUACGCGAGUAUCAAGAACAAAUGCAUGAAGCAAUGGAAAGAGCGCUUUCACUGGAAACUCAUAAUAAACAACUGCAACAUGAUCUUGAUGAACUAAAGGUCGCAGCUUUGGCAGUAGAAACACAAGCAAAUAGCGAAAUAGCACAACGUGAACAAGAGUUGGAAGAUUUACAAAAUGAGUUGAAGAAAUUGCGCAAUAGACCAGAGAAAGGUGAUAAUAGAACACAAAUUGGUCGCAGAGCUGGAGGAGCUGGUGAUGGUGUAAACAACUCUAAUGACUCGUCAGCAGUGGCCGCCUUAAAUGCUGAUAAACGUCGUCUAAAUGAACGAAUUAAUGAACUUACACAAAGGGACGCUGAGCUAAAAUCUGAAAACGAGCGCUUGCUAAAAAAAUUGUCAAAGCUGAAAGGCAAAAUACAUGGCAUGCAAAAAGAGCUGCAAGAUAAUGUUCAACAAAAAGAACAACGCACCGAUGAAGAAAAAAUAAGACUCAAGUCUGAACGUGACUUUUUCCAAAAAGAAUAUUUGCGCCUUAUUAGCAAAGCCGGAUCCGAAAAGGAAGUUGAGUUUCUACAAUCUCAAAUCAAAUCAAAAGAUGACGAGCUACGUCUUCUGCGCGCAGAGCUUUGUCUGCGCCAACAAGAACGCCUAAUGCCGUCAGUAAACACAGUCAAUGCAGCCACAGCCACUACCACUGCAGGAUCGCUAGCAAGCGCACGUUCAAAUCAUUCCGCUAAGUCAACGUUCAGCGCUGCCAGUAGUGAUUGCGUACAAGCAGUGGUUCUGCGCGCGGAACGUGAGCGCGAUUGCGCACGCGCUGAGUUAGAACGUGUGCGUUGUGAACGUGAUACGUUGCGUGAGAAGCAUGUUUCUCUGCUGCAAGCGCAAUCGUUGGAAACGCAGAAGUCACAAACACAUAUUGGUGAGCUGAAUGCGCGCUUAAGACAGUUGGAGCGCGAGAAUCGUGAGUUGAGUACCGCGCGAGUGCCACAUGAAACACACAUUGCAUUGCUCAAAGAGGAGAUAGAUGAGCUUAAGCGGCAGAUUUUCACUUUGCAAGAGGAAAAUACGAAAUUGCGCACGCGCAACAGUCAAUUUAAAAUUUUGAACGAGCAAACCGAACGCACACUGCAAGAGUAUCAAAGUAAACUUGCCAUUGCCGAGCGGCAACUGCAAACGGCUGAUACGCGUUUAAACGAUUUGGACUCGAAUCGUGAGGUCACACAUCGUGAAGCUGCACAGCUGCGCAAUGAAGUUGCAGCUUUGAAGAAGACCUAUGUCUCACUGGAAAGUGAGAAAGACAAAAUAUUGACGCAAUUAGAUGCUAAAACGGAGCGUGCUUAUCAAUUGGAAUUUGAACUUAAGCUUUGCAAAGAGAAACGUUUGGCGUUGGAAAAAGAGGUCAAGGAGUUGGAGGAGAAAUUAAGCCAAUUAACUGCGAAAACCCGUGAACGUACUGCUGAACUGCACGAAACCUCAACGGAAAGCAAAAGUUUGCGCCAACAAAUCGCUGCACUGAAAAUCAGUCGGGACGAAGCUAUCGCGGAAAAUGGCCGUCUAUCGAACGAAUUGGCCGAACGUCAAGCAGAGAUUUUGACACUUAAGAAAAAACUGAAAGACUCCAAUUUUGAAAUCGAACAAUUGAAACAGCAAUUGCGUCAAUAUGUAGCGGAGGUGAAGAAAGCCGAGGAUUUGUUAACGCAUAAGGAAAAGGAACGCGAGGAAAUGCUCGAGCAUUAUCGCAGUCUAUCACAUGAUGCCGUCAUAUUGGAGGGCAAUAAUCAGAGUCUAGAAGUUGAAGCAGCCGAGCACAAACGACAAAUCACCGAAUUAGAAGAUGAAAUAAAAGCGUUGAAGCAGGAAAUUUGCUCCCGCAAUGGACUUAUUGCACAACUAGAGGAUAAGCUAACGGCGCUAAAUGCACAAAAUGCUAAACUAGAGCGUGAACUUGAGGAUGCCUUAGAUGAACAACAUCUGCUGAAGGUUGAUUUGGCCGCGCGCAAGGAGCUUUGCGAUAAGCUCGAUGUAGAGCGCGAUAAACUGAAUGCCGAGUUAACUGAACUGAACGAGAUAAAGCGCAAGCUUGAGCGCGACAAUGAGAAGCUGCGAGCGGAUUUGGAAAAAUCCUCGAAUGGGCAGAAAGUCUCCUCUGAAACGCUUGAGGAACUAUUGACGAAAACGCGUCGCGAUCUGGAGGAGCAAAUAAAAGUCGACAGUAAAUUGAGUCAGGAAUUGGUGCGUCAACGCCAGCAAAACGACGAUUUAUUGCGUGAGUUAGACGCCGAACGCCAACGUCGUCAUCAACAGGAGACGCUGGCGCAGGAAUAUCAAAUACAAAAUCAGGAACUGCGUCACAAUCUCACCGAUGAUCGUUUCCGUCAGGCGCGCUCACGUGAUCAAAGUCCACGCUAUCCCUCGCAGACAUUUACAAACAAAAAAAUAAUAAAGUGUGAACCAGCACAAAAACUGAGCAAACUAUACGCAGAUUUCAUUAAAAAACCAAAAAAAAAAAAAAACAAAAACAAUUACAAAACAAAUCAUCAUCUCAGCUGUACUCAUACAUACAUAAAUUAGCGGUAAUGCGGUGUAGUCGUCAAAAAUACACUAGUGCACAUACUUCAAAUAUUUGAUACGAUUAUAACAUUUCAUCAUCA